GAAACGUCAGAAAAAAGUUUGGUUAUAUUGACAUAAACUUUUGGGGGAAAAAAAAGUGUUUUUACAAAACUAAAAUAUAUAUUUUAAAUCAUAGAGAAAAUAAUUAAUAUUUUAUGUUUAAUUAAUUAGAAAUUCUCUAACAAUGUUGGAGAAAGCGGCAACAUCCGAUAAUCAAUUAUCAAAAGAAGAUUAUUUAAUUCUACGUGCUAAAGAAGCUUUGGCCACUGAUAUUUAUGCCGCAAAAACAUGGUUAAUUACUGCAAAAUCAUUAUUUCCACACAGUGCAAAAGUUCAGUUCGAAGCUUAUAGGAUAGAGAAACUUGCCAAGAAUGUCAAGGAGGCUGCAAAAUGUUUUAGCGAAAUCUUUCAGAAUUUUCCAGAUGAUCGGGAUAUAUGGAAAGAAAUUGAAAAUGUAACGGCGUGCCUUCGUUCCGAGCAAAAUGAUACAGAAUCGGAAUUAUUGUGUCAAAUGUUUCAACACAUUCCUCAAGAUUUACAGCAUCGUCUUUUAAUUAUGACAGCAGAUCACAGUGAAGAUACAAUGGAACAUUGCAAAUUGCUUCUUUUACUAUUAAGAAAAUUUCCCCAAACUAUUUCAACUCAUGGCCCCCGUUUGGUGGAGACAUUAUUAACCGCGGAGAAACACAGUCAUCCGGGACGUGCUGUCAAUGGAUUUCGUCGUUUAUUAACAUGCGAGGCAUUACCAUUAUUGGGUGCAGCGCCCGUUGAAUUAAAUCCACGUCUAAGUUUACGAUUACUUUAUAAAGCAGUUGAAUUUUAUUUGGCAUUUAUUCAACAACCACAGGAUUUUCAAAUUAUUCAACCAUGGGAGAGAUUAUUUCAAGUUGUUGAAUUAAUUGGCAAAAAAUUAGGUUGGGAAUUGAGUACAUUUUUUACAACGCCAUGGAAUCGAGAUUCAUAUUGUGAACGAUUACAUCAAUACGCUGUAACUCAUAGUCCUGGAAUGUGCGAUGAAGUAAUUGUAAGGCAAUUUCUUGUUUGUACAAUUGUCGUUUUAUUGAGGAUAUGGAAUGAGCAUUCAACAUUGGUGAAUGGUGGUGAAACUACAUAUUGCCUCAUUGAAGCUUUCGGGGAGCCGAAUUUAUCUCCUUCAGAACCAAAGUUAAAAAAACGAAAACGCGAGGAAACUAUGAGUAUUGCGAUAACAAGUGACGGUGAAUAUAAUGGAAAUGGACUUGCUUUAACAGUGAGAUUAUGGGAUUUACUUCAUAGCACAGAAUAUUUACAAAGGGAAAUAAUAAAACUUAGUUCUCAAUUUCGUUUGGAUCCUUGGUUAAAUUUUUUCCUCACUGAUUUAGCAAUGUACAAAGGUUUACAUCAUGAAGUAUUAGCGAGACUUCCUCAGGAACCAAUUACAUUAUGCUCUCAUCUUCGUAUGGCGAGCAAUUGCUUUUUUGUUAAAGAUUUUAAGGGAAUGCUAGAAUAUAUUUCAAUGGUUGCAAAUAUUUUGCCACCUGUUCGCGGAAAAGUGUCGAAUAGUUUAGCAGUUCCGGCAAUUCGACAUUUGCAUUAUCUCACAAUUGCUCGAUUUCCAAUUUUGCAAUAUUGUUGUCGUUUAUUGUUAGCUACUUUAAAGGAGCAUUUUACAAUUCCUGGAGGUGUUGGAGAUUUGGCGAUAGGUCACGCUUUAGUUCUCAUGCAAAUUGACUGGCCUCAAGAGUCAGAAAUUCUGUCAACAAUCACAGAAAGAAUUAGAACUCGAGGAUCAUUUUCUUAUCCUCUUUUUCAGGCCUACAUUAUAAAUGUUGAUAUUUUAGAGGAAUUAACAUAUCUCUGGACCGAACACGGAGGCGGUGUUUCCCUCGAUAUUGGAAACAAUUCCGGAAUGCUACAAAAUCGUAGAAUCGCGACACGAGGCGCGGACAAAGGAGUUCGGGAAGAAGUAAAACAAGCAAUGAGACGACAAGCCGCCCGUGACGGAGUCGAUCAACUCGAUGAACUUCUUCAAAGAUUUAUAAUUCACGAAAAAAGUGCUAUUUUACAUAGUUUAAUUAUUCAAUAAAUUUAAAAAUCAAUCAAAAAAAAAAAAAUAAACUGAUUUUUAACAUAAA